AUGUCGGACUCGUUUUUGUACACCUACCCCUCGCCGUUGGAAGGGUACCAGGAUCUCCCGCCCCUUCCGGACGAGUUGGACGAGGAUGGAAAGUCUUAUAAGAACCCGCAGACGGGCGCGCUGAGCGAGAGCUACAAGAAGUUCACCUCAGGUGUGACCAAUGGCAGGCGAGGCGGCUUUGACGUCCACAUCUACUACCAUCUGAAUAGCGAUGAGCAGAAGGAGUAUGCCCGCGCGCUUUGGGAGCGGAUCCGACGAGAGUUUCCAGAGUUGAGAAUCUAUCGGUUCUGGGAUCGUCCCGUCGGUCCUCAUACAAUGGCCAUGUUUGAGGUGAAUCUCUUCACGCCUGCUGAGUUUGGGGCGUUCAUUCCGUGGUUGAUCAUCAACCGAGGGCCACUGUCUGCACUGGUCCACCCAAAUCACGAAGAUGGCGACGCGGUGAGGGACCAUAGCCAGCGAGCCACCUGGCUGGGAGAGCGGGUGCCGCUGGAUUUGGGCAUGUUGAAGAAGUUUCUGGACAAGAGAACGAGCGAGCGAGCGAACGGGGAAACGGAGUAG